AUGUUUCCAGAAGUGCUGAACAAAGUCGAUCCCCCAAAGAUGGAGAACAUUCUGGUGGACAGAGAAACAGCAAAUCUCUCCCCCCUGGAGUCAGCAAGAAUUGCAGCAGCAGCGCACAAGACAAUACGGCAGAAUCUGCAGGCCGUGAUACAGCCCGGAAUGACGCUUCUUGAAAUCGCAGAGUUCGUUGAAAACGGGACAAGAACAGUUCUGGGGCAGGGAUACAACAAGGGCAUAGGAUUUCCCACGGGUCUUUCUCUGAACAGCUGCGCAGCGCACGACAGCCCAAACCCAAAGUCAAAACCCGUCGUACUGAAAGAAAAUGAUGUCCUGAAGGUAGAUUUUGGCACACACAUAAACGGAUACAUAAUAGAUUCAGCAUUUACUGUCUGUUUUAACCCUGAGUACAACGACUUGCUGCUAGCGGCUAGAGAGUCAGUCUACGAGUGCUUAAAGAUCGCAGGGCCUGAUGCUCUGCUGAAAGACAUAGGAGAAAAAGCAGAAGAGGUAAUACGCAGCUACGAGCUGUGCAUAGAUGGGCGCCCUGUUCCCAUACGCCCCGUCAGCAACCUCAACGGGCACUCGAUAGAUCGGUACAAGAUACACGGCGGUAAAUACGUUCCGAUCAUAAAAAACUCAGGAAACAAAUCGAGAAUGGAAACAGGAGAGUUUUUUGCGAUAGAAACAUUUGCUACAACAGGCUCGGGGUAUGUGAAUGAGAAAGGCGACUGCUCGCACUACAUGAUAAGCAACCCAAAUGCGCCUUCAAAACUUGAGGGAGGAAAGUCUCUGAUGAAAUACAUCCAGGACAAAUUUAGCACUCUUCCGUUCUGCAAGAGAUACAUUGACCCGGUGGCAAACAAGUCUGCAGAUGCGUACAUCUCCUACCUCACGAAGAUUGGCGCAAUAGAGGACUAUCCUCCGCUUUACGACGUGGCAGGCUCGCUAGUGGCGCAGUUUGAGCACACUCUCUACGUGACAGAGUCAGGGAUAGAAGUGCUGUCCAAGGGAGAUGAUUACUAA